AUGUCGGAUUCAGUCUCUCCCUCGCCUAACGGCAUGAGCUCUUUUUGGAGGCGCCAGGUCGGAGAAAUCGAUAAUCAUCGCUCUACAAGGGAUCUCCCAACCCAAUGCGACAUUGUAAUAAUCGGCGCUGGAUACUCUGGAGCAGCUUUGGUUACACACAUAUUGUCCAAAUGUGCGGACAAAAUGCCAUCAAUUCUGGUCUUGGAAGCGAGACAACUCUGCUCGGGAGCAACUGGUCGAAAUGGAGGACAUCUCAAGCCGGACUCAUACAACGCAAUAUCGAGACUGGCGAGCGAGUAUGGCGUCGAAGCUGCAGCCGAGGUGGCUAACUUCGAAUACGCCAAUGUCGAAGCAGUAGCCAGAUUUAUCCGCGAUGAAAAAGUCGACUGCGAUUUCGUACUUACACGGGCCAUCGACGUGCAAUUUUCCGACCGACACCAGGAUAAACUAGAAGCCGGUUAUAAGUCACUACUGGAGAAUGGCAUUGAGGCGACUGAGCGCACAUAUUGCGCACCGAGAGAAUAUGCGGAGAAGCUCUCCGGUAUCAAAGGAGCCAAGGGUUGCUUCAGUUAUACCGCCGGUCACCUAUGGCCGUACAAGCUCAUCCACCACAUGCUCGAGAAAGCUAUUGCGAAGGGCGUUAAUCUCCAGACAAACACACCUGUGCAAAUGGUGUCCUCGGAACGAGAUGAAAACGAACUUUGGACUAUUACUACAGGUCGAGGAGUAGUCAAAGCAAGACAGGUAAUUAUGGCAACGAAUGCAUAUACUGCAGCUCUUCUUCCUGAGUAUGAUGGCAAGAUCAUCCCUUAUAGGGCUAUUUGCAGUCGUAUUGUAAGUCCAGGAAGACCGCCACUACUUACAAACUCAUAUGCACUGCGCUUUAACGAGUGGGACUUUGACUAUCUAAUCCCACGGCCCGACGGAAGCAUCAUUGUCGGCGGCGCUCGCCAGACAUACAUCAAACACCUGGAAGAUUGGUAUAAGAAUGCUGAUGACAGUGACCUUAUUGAUCGGGCUCGCCAUUACUUCGAUGGGUAUAUGCAACGCCAUUUCCACGGCUGGGAAAACAGCGGCGCGUACGUUGACGAUAUCUGGACAGGAAUCAUGGGAUACUCUUCUGAUCGACUACCGCGUGUUGGGCCAAUCCCCGACCGCCCUGGCAUGUUUAUUAUGGGAGGCUUCACAGGUCAUGGCAUGCCGCAGGUGUUUCUCUGCGCAAACGGCAUGGCUGACAUGAUCCUCGGCGAUAAGAAAUUCAGUGAUUGCGGGAUACCUAGAGUCUUUGAGGAAACCAAGACUCGACUUCAAGACAAGAGGGAUAGAGUCUUGGAGUUGUAUCGUGAGCCAUUGAACACGUUCGACUCCAAACUGUGA